GUGCCACUUACCCCAUAAAACCCUGUCAGUAUGAGUGGGGUUCCGCCCACAGAUGCUGGUGUUGCGCAAUAAUUCAAGAUUCUGGACAACACGACUGACCUUUCCGCCCCUCGGUUCUUAGCGGAAAACGUGCAAAACCCAGUGGGCCAGUUGACCUGCGACAAACAGAAAGACCCCGUUGCAACUCUUGUGACGGACAGGUAUCCAAGUUUUAUCUGACAACAUUACCCACGUAUGGCGUCGGAUGACAUUUGGAAAGUCUGUGAAUUGGGUGAGAAAACAAAGAGCCAUGCCAGGACUACUUUGAGCACAGAUGAAAAAGUUAUCAUCACGCUGCCAAGGAGCGAUUCCACCACAGCAGAGUUCAUAGAGGUCCACGUGCUGGACGGCAGAUCCAUCACCAUAGGCAGCGCCAGCACCCAGACAGACUGGGAGUGGGUGGAGCAGGCACUCACAGACAGCUGUCAAGUUCAAAGUAAAGUGGAGAGGUUUGAGCCAAAAGCCUCAUCACAGACAGUUCCCCAGAGUAUAGUUAUUGGGCCAGAUUCAGAGAUUGAAGAGACAGAUAUGGAGAAGGAGAAUGAGUUGUAUGGUAUACCUAAUGUGGGGCCACCUUCCAUGUUGGCCUACAAACCAGAGUCGAAACAACCGCCUGUUCAUUUUGAAAAGAUCCCAGUGUUGCCCAUCUCUGGAUCCUCUGAAGCUCAGUCCAAACUGAAAGUAGAGUUUGUUCUAUGUGACUACUGCCAGCAACCCUGUAACCCAUUCAUACGCCGGGAACAAUUGGAAAAUAAUCGUGACCUGGAAUUGCUCUUUUGCUGUGAAUGGGCUCAGAAAAUGCGAGCGUUUCUCCUGGAAGAGGAGCGGGCCUUAGCCGCCAUGGAGAUGAACAGGAAGAUUGAUGUGGGCCCUCACCCACCCUUCAUGAACAAACACGAGAAGAGAGCUGCAAAGGAGCGGGCAGAGCAGAGGUUGUUGGAAUGGGAACUUCAGAAGGUCCUGAAGAAAGGCAAUCAGAACCGAUUUUUUUCAGGUCAGAUCAAAACCAUCUCCUAUAGACUGUCCAAUGAGGUUUGGACUUUCCGAGAAGAGUCUCACUUCCCUAAGAUGGACAUCAUGAACUCCUCAGAUAUCUUCACCCUCCAGGGGGAGACGGACAGGCAGCACAGAGAGAGGAGAAUACAUUUGCUGCUGAGGUUCUAUCCAAAUGGCAAACCCUUCAUCACGUUAUAUCCAGACGGAACAGGUCAUGUGUUCUAUCCAUCUGGGAAUGUUGCUAUCAUCAUCUCCUCUGUGGAGGCUGCUGACUUCACCUAUAUAAUCAUGGAGGACAAGGAUUUAGAGCCAAACUUUGAGGCCGUGUUUACAACCAGAGGCCAGUCUACGUGCUACCACCCCAAUGGACUUAUAUGGGUGAACCUGACACAGCUGGGAGGCUCCUGCUGCAGUGAGACCGGGGCCCUGAGACGACGCUGGACCUGGCUGGACCUUGAGCCUCACAUCCAAGCCCCUCCCUUCCAGCCCAUCUGUCUGGUCCUGGGUCGCCACGUCAGCCUCCGCAUCCAGUCCCAGGAACGCAUCUACCUCACAUUCUCCUCUCACCAAAGCAGAGUACGUUUCAACGUGGGCUCCAAACUCAAGCUAACCCAUCCGGAAGGCCUAGUGAUGCCGGGGCCAGACAUCCUGCAACAACAUCUCCAAAUGAAAAGCCUGGAGAUUUACACUCUGCUGGACCGGAUGCAGACCUGCAUGGCCUACCAGCACUCGGCCAAUCCCCACAACAUUAAGCCCCAGUACAGCCUCGUUGCCCAGAUGCAGAGACUCAAGAGACAGAUGGAAAAACAGAGCUCACCCAAAAAGACCAAAGCUCUCAUGGCCUCUAAGGACUUAUAACAACUGACAACUCAAAGCCUGUGUUGUUCCAGAAUUCAUAUUGUUGCUAUGAAACCAAGGCAUUUAGCAUUUAUUCUAAUUAGAAAUAAAUACAGUAGCCAUGUGUAAAAUAUUAGAAAAGACUGGUCAUGUUUCUUGUCAGAUACAUUUUGAAUAGAUUUAAUGGUUGGGCCAUUGUGCAAAUUAAGAAAUUAGUCAGCAGUCUAAGGAAAAUGACGAAUGAGG